AUGUUACAACAGAGACAAAUAUCCAAAAUACUUGAACAAGGAUUAAAACCAAUUGAAUUUCCACAAAAAAGAAGAAGAACUAAUGAAAACGAAGAUGAAGUAUUAUCUACUGGUUCAAUAAAUACAAUUUCAUUAUUAUCAAAUCAAGGAAUUCCUUUAAUUACAAUAUCUCAACCUGCUACAUCAUCAUCAUCAACAACAUCAUCAACAACAUCAUCAACAACAACAACGACAACAAGGAGUACAUCGAGAAGUAAAGAAGAUUAUAAAAUAUAUUCUAUACUAAGUUAUAAUUCAUUAAAAAAUACUAAAGAUAAUAAAGAUGAAUCUGAAAGUGAAUUGGAAUGGAAUAUAAUUGAAUUUGAAAAAGAUUUGAAAUGUUUAAUUCAUAAAGUAUUAGAUUUAUAUUUGAUUUUAUAUUAUAAUAAUGAUGAAAUUCCUGAUGAAUAUGUUAAAAUUAUACUGGAUAAUUUAUGUCUGGUUUUAAAAGAUGGUUUAAAAGGUUAUAGUGAUGAAUAA